UUUUUAGUAUUGGAGGAACACACAAACAUAAAACCUGGUGAGAACAAACUUGGUCGUCUCGGAGAAAUCGAAAUCGAAGAAGAAGAAGUGAAGAACUCUAAAACGAAAAGAAAUGGAGAUUUUAGAAGAAACAUUGGUCAACGUCUUGGUGCGGUGUUCACUGAAGGACAUCGCGAGAUUCAGAUCAGUGAGCAAAGAAUGGAAAUCUCUCAUCGAUUCAGACUUCUUCAGAGAUCUCUACAUCUCUCUCAACUCAUCUUCGUCAACCUCAUGGUCCAUCAUCCAAACCAACCCUCACAAGCUAACUCUUGAAAUCGUCGGCCACCAUGGAUGCGAAAGAUGGGGACUUUCUCGUUCUCCAGGAUCUCUAGUAAGUUUCUUUGCCGAGACGACGAUCACUAAACUAAAUGUGUUGGCUUGUACAGAUGGGUUGGUCACGAUUUGUGCAGAGUCUAGUGAUGGGUCUCCUAUGUAUUACAUUGGGAACCCUUUGUUGCAGGAAUGGUUUCGACUCCCUCAACCUCCGUUCCGUAAUUUUGAGAGAUUGCGGAAGAACGAGCGGUUUAGUGAGAGUGGGUUGGUUACAAAGAUGGAGAAUGGUGUGGUUGUGAGUUACAAGGUUGUGUGGUUGUUGACUCAUGAAGGUAAGGUCCAGUUUAUGAUCUACUCAUCUGAUACAGGGAUGUGGUGGAGACAAUUUGUACCUUGUCUUCAUACUGCUACGUGGUCUGGUCAGGACAAGUCGAUUGCUUUGAACGGGUUUCUUCAUUGGCUUUCUAAUCUCACCAGUUCUAUUAUCGCCUACGAUUUCUUUGGGGGUCAUAAUGGUGUUCAUGGUGGUUGUCAUAUCGUACCUUUCCCUGGAAAAGAUGAUGAGUUACGGCGUUUUAGGAGAAGCUUUACAACCUCGGAAGGGUCCAUUGUGUAUUUCAACGAGUUCCGUGUGAAUGGAAACCGCACGUUACGGGUUUGGAGGCUGGUCAAGUACACUGAUAUUGGUCCUGAGGACCAAUGGCAGCUCUGUUGGGAAGUUAGCUUGGAGUCUUUGAUCGAGUUAGGUAUUGAUUAUUUCCCUGUGGUGAUGCAUCCUUUGAAAUCUGAGAUCGUCUACUUGUGGAGCAGGAGCAACAAUGGUCUGAUCCUUUUUAACUUGAGGACAAAAGUGUUUAGUCUUCACAAGGAAACUGAAGAUGUUCGUAAGUGUAUGGAUGGUUGCGUCUUGAGUUUUAACCAGUGCGGCGAGUAUAUGAGGAACAUCUAUAGUUACUUUCUCUCAUCAGUUCAAACUGGUCCUAACCAUCUCUACUUUUCACAGUAUGUUGUCCCACUUUGGCUGCACCAUCUCCCUCGUUCGAAUCCUACUUAGUGUAUACUAUGUUUCAAGUUUCAUUCUGAUUAGCGACAAUGAGUUUAUUUUAAGAGGAAAGAACAGACAUGUGGGAGGUAAACUUGCAGAGGACGACUGAAGGAAGUAGAGAAGAAGCUGGUGACCGAAUUGUAGCUGACUAUGGGCGUGAUGUUAUUGUGUGUUAGGCUGUUAGCUGUUAAUAGAAGUUGAGUUGAAGCUCUAGAGAAAUCUUCCUUCAUUUCAUUAUAUCAUUACAAGGAUAAAUUCAUAGAUUAUACAUUUCAUUCUUAUCACAAUCCCAAAGUCUAAUGGUUGAAAAAUGCAAAUUUCAUAUCAUUGAUAGGUAAACACACAAAACACAAUCAUCCAACUAAAGAUCAACCACAAUCAUCUUCAUCUUAUAGUCGCCACUAAAUACCACAAAACAGCCAUUUUCCCCACCUUAAGCAGCCAAUUUAAUACGAAUAAAGGGUUCAGUACUGAGAGGUUGAAGGAAGAUAGAAUAAGCCAAUUACCAGAUCCUUUGUUAAGUCAAAAUACUUAAU